AUGAACCGCGUUGACUACAACGAAAAGGCACAAGCCCUCCUAGACGACCAACAGUCCUACAAGUCCACGCCUCCCUCGCGAGCCAAAUCGAUGAUUGGUCAACUAACUGGACUCCUGAACCGACUCAAGCGAAACAGUGCUAUAUCGCUGGACGAAUGGCGACAGAUGAAACCAACGGACACGGCACUGGCCCGGUUUUAUGGAUUACCCAAAAUCCACAAGCCCAAAGUUCCCCUUCGACCGAUCGUUGUCUUGAAAGGCAGCCCCACUUACAAUCUAUCCAAGUGGAUGGCCCGAAAACUUAACUUUCUCCGAGAAGGCUCAAGGACCUCCAUCAAUUCGGCCUCACAAUUCCUGGCCGACAUCCGAGGAAAAGUUGUCCGACCGGAGCAGAUUAUGGUGUCAUUUGACGUGGUUUCAUUAUUCACGUCCAUCCCACCGGACCUGGCACGCGACGUUCUUCGCAAACGACUCGAAGAGAAUUACGACGAGACGAACAAACCCCUAAAAAUCGACCACUUACUGCAACUGUUUGCUUUCUGCCAACAACCUUCUUCACCUUCAAUGACAGAACAUACGAGGAGAUCAAAGGAACGCCGAUGGGUUCGCCAAUAUCCAGCCUGGUUGCAGAACUAGUCCUGUAGGAACUGGAAAAAGUCGCCUUCGACCACUAUGAACCUGCAUUUUGGCGCCGGUACGUGGACGACACGUUCGUCAUAAUUGAAAGGAGCAGACUGGCCGACUUCCAAGACCUGCUCAACGGCAUCUUCCCAGACAUUCAGUUCACAAGGGAAGAAGAGCAUGCCGAACAGCUGCCUUUCCUUGAAGUUCUCGUCACACGCACACCCAACGGCGAACUCAACACCACGGUGUACAGAAAGGCGACUAACACGACUCAGAUUCUCAACUACCACAGUAACCACCCAAUGGCGCAUAAACGCAGCUGUGUUAGGACACUCUUCCAGAGGGUAAAAACGCACUGCAGUGAACCAGAGGGACGAGUACGAGAACUUCGGCAUCUUCGGGACCAACUGGCAAGGAAUGGAUACCCGAACAGCUUCGUCAGCCGCUGCCUCCGCACGCGCCCACGGCGAACAAACGGAAGAGAGCUGCCAACACUCUGGCACCCUCUGCCAUAUAUAAAGAACGUAUCCGAAGCGAUGGAACGUAUCGCUGGAGAGCUCGGCGUGGGUAUCGCUCACCGUCCGACAGCGACCAUGCGCAGCAAAAUCAUGCAAGUGAAGGAUCGCCUAGACGUGGGUGAACAAUCGGGCGUCGUCUAUCAGAUCCCAUGUGGGGACUGCCCUCGCCACUACACUGGACAAACCGGACGACGACUUAGCUUACGAAUAAGGGAGCACAAACGGGCGGCCCGGAGAGGCGACCCGUUGUCUCAGGUCGCCACUCACACCCUGGAGGAAGGCCACGAAUUCAACUGUGCGAGCACGCGGAUAGUGGCGCGGGCCAGCAAUAAGACAGGACGAGAACUGUUAGAGGCCUGGGUGUCUGACACCAACGCUAUCAACAGGCACGUUGACAUAUCCCCCUGCUAUCACGCGCUCCAUUCCCGCGGCCAAGGGGCGAGACCCAAUUUCCAGCCAAGGGUGCACGCAGUCACGCCACCGUGA